CUUGGCCUUCCAAAAAAAAAAAAAGAAAAGAAAAAAGCAGAAAAAGAAGAGCGGGGAGCGAUCAGCGAACUGAGCAUUCAUUCCCAUUUCCUUUUUCUUUCUUUUCUUCUCUUCUGAACUAAGAAAUCGGAGGUUUCCAGAUACAGAAUUGUGUUCAACUGUUCACUUGCGAGGUGUGUUUGAUUCUCUACUCUUUUUGGUUUUGAUCGGAGGUUUCCAGUAGGUGGUUAACUGUUUAGAUUUGAAUUCAUUCCAUACUAGAUAGAGCCUCUAAGUGUAGAGAUGGGGGGAUUAGUGUUGGAAAUUGGAAGUCAAAUCAGCAAGUUUGUGAUGAUAUCAGUGAAAACAUGUUAUAAAUCAGUUGGCAAUCAUCCAUUUGUUGUGGGCAUCCUGCUUUUCCUUAUAUUUCUGCACAGAUCAUUUCCUGUUUUGUUUUCUGUUUUGGUGUCAACAUCCCCUGUUCUAGUCUGCACUGCUAUUCUUCUUGGAACCCUUUUGAGUUUUGGCCAAUCCAACAUCCCCGAAAUUGAACGCCAAGACCAUAUUGCUUCGCUUAGAACCAGGGUUCCAGGCGAUGACACUGUUGUUCUUGAGAGGGGUGGCAGCUUUUCCACACAGAAAUUCUCUGCGAGCAGGGAUGUUGUCGACGCCGUGGCCCUUGAAGAAGCCGGCUCGACAGAUUACACAGUCAAUGAUGAGGUUGGUGCGCCACUUAUUAAUCAGAAUGUGCAGCAGACUCAGAGUGACAAGAGAGCGGUUGAGGAUGCGGACAGAGACAUAGAGUUGGAAAAUCAGGGCUUGCCAAAUGAUGUGGAAGCAGUUGAGCAGCAGUAUACUUUGCUUCAAAAGGUUCGAGAUCAGAUUCUCCAAGUGCACGAUGAUAAUGCGUCUCCCCGAGGGGGAGAACACUUGGAUUCCUUUCUGGGUGGCUAUGGUCAUGAUGACAGUGGUGAUGCUUCUGAUUCCGGGUCGGAUGGGGCCGAGAGCUCGUCGCCAGAUGCUUCAAUGGCUGACAUCCUUCCAAUUCUUGAUGAGCUACACCCGCUUUUAGACUCAGAAGCUCCACAGCCUGCUCGUAUGUUGCAUGAUGGAUCUGAUGCAGCUUCAGAUACUAGUGUUGAGUCGGACCAGGGUGGACAAGUAGAUGAGGAUGAUGGGGUUGAUUACAAUGGCGGAGAUGAGGAAGAAGUACCGGCACACGGUGGCACGGAUGAUGAAAGCAAAUCUGCAAUUAAGUGGACAGAUGAUGACCAAAAGAAUCUCAUGGAUUUGGGAAAUUUGGAGCUUGAAAGGAACCAACGCUUGGAGAGUCUUAUUGCAAGGAGAAGGGCAAGAAAAAGCUUCAAAUUAACGGCUGAGAAGAAUCUAAUAGAUUUUGAUGGUGUUGAUCUUCCCCUUAAUGUUUCACCAAUUUCAACAACAAGGCGCAACCCAUUCGAUUCUCCAUUUGAUGACUCCUAUGGCAACAUGCCCAUCCCUGGUUCUGCUCCAUCCAUUAUGUUGGCAAGGAGAAAUCCUUUUGAUCUUCCUUAUGACUCCAAUGAAGAAAAACCUGACCUCAAGGGAGACCAUUUCGAGCAAGAGUUUAUUGCAUCGCAUGCCAACGAUGCAUUCUUCCGUAGGCAUGAAAGCUUCAGUUUGGGAGCUUCGAGCUUGGGGGGUGCCAAGCACGAGAGGCAAGAAUUUAAGUGGAAACCUGUUUUCGUACCAGAAAGAUUGGCUUCAGAAGGAACAGGUUACUCCUCAUUUCAAAGACAAUCAAGUGAAGUUAGUGAAUCAAAGUUGAGUUCUGUUCCUGAUAGCGACUCGGUGAGUUCUGUAGCAGAUUUGGAUGAUAGGAAGUUCAGUGAGCAAGACUUUACUAAAGAAACGGAAGUUAUCUCCAACAUUUAUCAUGCAUCUGGUCUUGUUGACCAUGGAAGUCAUUCCUAUGAAGACGUAUAUUCCCUGGAAAUGGAACAGGCUGACAAAAGGGAUGUCCUACACAAUGGGCUUGAUAUAGAAUUGGGUAAAAGGGAAAAUCUGGAACCAAGCUUGUCGGAUAAUGGAGGCUUACCUACUGUUGUUACUAAUGAACUCCAUCUGAAUCCAGAAUUAGUUGAAGAGGAGGACAGCAGCAGUAGGUCAAGCUUGUCAUCAUUGUCAGAAGCAGAUGAAAAAAUUUCAGAUGUGAGGAAGGGUGAAAAAAGUUUGGACCCAAGUGGUGAUCUCAACACGGAGUUUCUAAUUUCACCGCAACAUUCACUUGAGGAGUCAAAUGUUCAAUUCAUGAGCACGACAGCUGAUGAAAAUCAAUUUAAGGAGCCAGUCUACGACUCAACUCCCCUUGACGCAGAAAACCUCAUUUCCUUGAACUCCAUUUCUUCUGAUAUGCAAGCAGAGAUAUCUGAACUAGUUAGACCUCAAGCAUCAGCGGAAAUGUAUGAGUCUUUUAUGUACAAGGAUAAUGAUGUGGAUGGUGAGAACAUAGAGAAGGCUAUUUCAGGUGAUGAAGAGAUAUGUGGUGCCACCUCAAAAGUGCAUGAAGCAGAUGCAAUUGAGGGAGACUUGGGAAACUACAACCAACCCCAGCUAACAUCUUCUCUUUCAGAGGUAGAAAUCAAUCUCCCAAGGAAUUUGGAGGUGAAUGCAGCUUCUUCAGAAUCUAGUUACCACUUUCUUCUUUCCAAUGAACAGACAUCAGAACAGGAGAAAGACCUAUCCUGGUUGGAUAAAUCCAUGGUUGAACCAUGUCUUGAUGAUCAUUUGGAAGCUCUUGUUAUUGAAGAUACUGUCAAGGAAGAGGUGGACGACAUAAAGGAGAUUGAUGCAGAGUUGUUAUCAGAAUUGGAUACAGUUGGAGAUUUCAGUGUGAAAGAAGUUGUUGGUGAGCCACUCCAUUAUGAGUUGAUAACAGAGGAAGCUAAUGCUGUGAGCACUGAAUCUGGGUUGUCGACGGCGGAUUCAAACCUGUUAGAGCCCAUCCAGGAGCUACCUGUUCUUGAGCACACUCAGGAGGUAGUAGAUGUUGAUGGGACUUUCAAACAAAUUCAUGAGGGAGUCAAUGUUGAGGAGGUCAUGUGUCCUAGCGUGGUUGACAAUGAGCUAGAGGUAGUGUCAAAAAGUACAGUGCAGGCCAGUUCACAGUUGCUAACAGUUGAAGCAACAUCUUUGGAAGAUAUUAUUACUUCUUCAAAUCAAGCUCUAGACAGUUCUGUUAAUGAGUUUCCACAACUAUUGGAUACAGAGGGGUCAGCAGAAUUACAUCUGGAAUUACCUCCACAGGGUAAUGAGGUAUCAGCAGAUGUCUUGCCUGAUGCAGAGGAGGAGAUCGCAUCAGGCAAUAUAGGAUCCAGUGUUCAAGAAACUAUCACUACGCAUAUUCCUUUGAAGCAACUAUCAGAAGGUAAUGUUGCUGAGCUGCCAAAUCUAUCAAAUUCAAAGGAUGUAUUGGCAGAAGUAGGAACUGAGGCUGUGGUGGAGAUUGUAUCAAGCAAUGUUGUAUAUGGUGUUGAAGAAACUAUCACUGAUUCUCCUUUGAAGCAACUAUCAGAAGGUAAUGUUGCUGAGCUGCCAAAUCCAUCAAAUUCAAAGGACGUAUUGGCAGAAGUCGGAACUGAGGCUGUGGUGGAGAUUGUAUCAAGCAAUGAUGUAUAUGGUGUUGAAGAAACUACCACUGAUUCUCCUUUGAAGCAACAAUCAGAAGGUAAUGUUGCUGAGCUGCCAAAUCCAUUGAAUUCAAAGGAUGUAUUGGCAGAAGUAGGAACUGAGGCUGUGGUGGAGAUUGGAUCAAGCAAUGUUGUUUAUGGUGUUGAAGAAACUAUCAGUGAUUCUCCUUUGAAGCAAGUCUUGGAAGAUGAUGUCCGUGAGCUGCCAAAACCAGCAAAUUCAAAGGAUGGAUGUGAAGAAGUAAGAACUAUGGUGGGGAAUUCUAUAGACGAGAUUGGAUCGAACAAUACAGGAUCUGGUGUUCAAGAAACUAUCCCUACUCAUAGUGCGUUGAAGCAAGUCUCGGAAAGUAUUGUGGCUGACUCCAUAGAGAUUGCAUCAGGCAAUAGAGAAGUUGUGCAAGAACCUAUACCUACUCAAGUUUCAGAAAAGAGUGUUGGUGUUGGUGAGCUGCCAAAACCAUCUGAUUCAAAUGAUGGAUUAGCAGAAUAGAAACAAAUCAACGAAUGAUGUGGGUCUUCCAAUUGAGAAUGUAAGACGCAAAAUGAAGAAUGCUGAACAGUUUGUGGCUUGGGUCUUUUUCAUGUCUUCUUCAGCAACAGGCUGUGUGUAUAUUUUCCUUCCGGUGUGGUUAUAAUGAUCUUUUUGGGAGUGGGUCGUAGUUCCAUUUGCUUUAUUUUCUUUUACUUUGCCGAUUGAUUGAUUUCUUCAAGAAUGAGUUUUUGGUUUGAUUUCUUGAAGUGUGAAGUUUCUUUGUUCAUACUACCUGUGUGUAAGUUUUAAUUGGAAGAAGGUUGGCUUUAAUCA